AUGUCUGAAAUCGAAGCUAAAUCUGUUGUUUACUGCGGCGUAUGCACUUUUCCUCCUGAAUACUGCGAGUUCGGCGGCUCGUUCAAAAGAUGUAAGGAAUGGCUCCUGGAGAACCACACAGAACUCUUUGAACAAUUGUACAGCGAGGAUGCGCUCGCCAAUGCCACUUCUUCCUUGUCCUUAGAAACUGAGGCGAAGAUCAACCAGGACUUGCAGAAGAAGCAGGCCAAGGAAGAAGCCAAGGCUGAACGCGAAUUGAAGAAGAAGUUAUCGUCUAAGGUGAUUGUCAAGAGCAUAUCCAGAACCAAGAGAAAGCAAGUGGUUGCCAUUUCUGGCUUAGAGGUGUUUGAGAUUGAUAUGAAAAAGUUGGCCAAGACCUUUGCCUCUAAGUUCGCCACCGGUGCCAGUGUCACCAAGAACGCCGAAAAAAAAGAGGAAAUCAUCAUCCAGGGAGACGUCGCGGAUGAGGUCGAAGAGUAUAUCUCCAAGAUGUUGGAAGAGAAGGGUUUGACAGAUGUCAAGGUUGAACAGACCGAGGAGAAGAAGAUCAAGAAG